UCUAACUGAGCCCAACACAAAACCGUCCAAUACCCGUUUGUAAAUUCUGGCUAAAACACAACAAAACCCUAAUUCAAAGUCUCUAACCAUCCAAAACCUCAAACGCCCACACACGUCGCCGGCCACUGACUUGUACGCUGACGCCUGUAGGUAUAGAUAUGGCAGAAGAGGAGGCAAAGCCUUUGGCAUAUAUAUCAGAGACAGUGUUGAAGAAAAGGAAAAGUACUGAAUCUUUGGCACUUACGAGAAAAGCUCAGCUAGAGCUGGGAAAAUAUGGACAGAAUAAUAAGAAGAAGAAGAAGGUUGAGGAUAUUAAAAGACCGGAGGAAUUUAUCAAACAGUUUAGAGCGCAGGAACUGGACCUUAUUAGAAUGAAACAGAGAGGGAAAAGGGCAAAUUCAGCGCUGCUGAAGCCAAAAUCAAAGUUGCUUUUUAUAAUACGUAUUCAAGGGCAAAAUGACAUGCACCCAAAAACUAGGAAGAUCUUAUACAAACUAAGAUUGAGUAAAAUCUUCAGUGGUGUCUUUGCCAUGGCUAGUGAAGGGAUCUUUGAAAUGCUGCAAAAGGUGGAGCCGUAUGUCACGUAUGGAUACCCUAAUCUUGCAAAUGUGAAGGAGCUAAUAUACAAAAAGGGCUAUGCAAAGAUAGAGAAGCAAAGUAUUCCUCUGACAGAUAAUAACAUUAUUGAACAGACACUGGGUAAAUAUGGCCUGGUGUGCAUCGAAGAUUUAGUACAUGAAAUCGCCAAUGUUGGUCCACAUUUUAAGGAGGUGAUCCAUUUUUUGGGGCCUUUUCUACUAAGCAAACCAGAAGGAGGAUUGUUAGGGAAGAAACAACGGUUCAAGGAUGGUGGAGAGUCUGGAAAUCGUGAGGAUCAAAUCAAUGAUUUAAUUCGAAAGAUGAAUUAGUAUUAAGAAAACAUGGAAACACCUGUGAGGAUUAUGCCAAUGAUAUAUCUAUGAAAUUGUAUUACAGUUGUACCCCAAAUGACCUGCAAUGCCCUGUAUUGCAAAUUUUGAUGUUAUUUUUCCGUUAGUUUUGCUUGCGAGUAAUAGUUGCUUGCUUAGCAUUAUCUGCGUGCUAUCUUUUUUGCAAUGAUAUAAAGCCGUCUGAUUUUGGUAGGGUUUGUCAA